CAAGGGCUUCGCGCAGAAGAAGGUGACGCUGCCGGCGGGGCGCCACAAGCUGGUGAUCCUCGACGAGGCCGACAGCAUGACGUCGGGCGCGCAGCAGGCCCUGCGGCGCACCAUGGAGAUCUACUCCAACACGACGCGCUUCGCCUUCGCCUGCAACCAGUCCAACAAGAUCAUCGAGCCGCUGCAGUCGCGCUGCGCCAUACUGCGCUACGCCAAGCUGACCGACGCCCAGGUGGUCAAGCGGCUGCUGCAGAUCAUCGAGGCCGAGCGCGUCGAGUACAGCGACGACGGGCUGGCCGCGCUCGUGUUCAGCGCCGAGGGCGACAUGCGCCAGGCCAUCAACAACCUGCAGUCGACCUUUGCCGGCUUCGGCUUUGUGUCGGGCGACAACGUCUUCAAGGUCGUCGACUCGCCCCACCCCAUCAAGGUGCAGGCCAUGCUCAAGGCCUGCUACGAGGGCAACGUCGACGCCGCCCUCGACGCUCUGCGCGAGCUCUGGGACCUCGGCUACUCGAGCCACGACAUUAUUUCCACCAUGUUCCGCGUCACCAAGACCAUCCCCACCCUCAGCGAGCACUCCAAGCUCGAGUUCAUCAAGGAGAUUGGCUUUACUCACAUGAAGAUUCUCGAGGGCGUUCAGACGCUGCUGCAGCUCAGCGGCUGCGUCGUGCGGCUGUGCAAGCUGAACAUGGACCCCAAGAAGUUUGAAGCGCCCAAGAAGUAGGAGAGACUCGAGACAUAUGAGGGAGUGAAAAGGGACAGGAAUAAAAAGAGAUACCCAGGCUGGGCUUUGCAAUGUGAAUGUUUUGAUCUUUUCAUGUGUUUGGCGUUGGCUUUCUAUCAUGUGGCUCGGUUUGCUUGGCUCUAGCGUAGCAUACGUGCAACCAGCCAGGAAAAGGGGAGGCGGUUCACGGCAGAUUUACAGAUGAGUGUUUACCCACAAAAUAUCUUAUAGUAUAUACAUACUCAUAUGAUUUAUAGAUUAAAGUUGGUCACGAAAAAAAAAAGCCAAUACCCGGCGGAAGCACGAAGCAACAAGUCCAACACGAAAGGUUCUCGGAUCCGGCUA